AUGAACUGCUUCCUAGCCUACCGUCUUGCAAAACAAAAAGAAGUCGCGGCGUAUUGUCCUGGCGCCAAUCACCGUGACAUCUCCAAGGUUAUUGCCAAGUGGUGGCAUAAUGAAACUCAAGAAGAAAAAAAGCUCUACAAGCGAUUAGCCGCCGAUGCAAAACACGAGCAUUCUUUAUUAUAUCCAGAUUACAAGUACAAGCCUCGCAAAAAGUCAGCAAAUUCUGCUGUCAAGAAAUCAGAAAUCGGUCGAGAAUCAUCCGAAGAACUUGCUAUGCAAUCUGCUUACAAUACCUUGAAGAACUCCCGUAACUGUAACGGAGGCGGUAGCAAUGGCAGUGGCAGUGGCAGUGGCAGUUGUGGUCCAAGCACCAGUGCAAACUCUAUCAAUACAAUGAACCAUGGUUUAAUCGACACGGGUUCAUACGAAAGAAUUGGCUACCCUCCUCAGAACAAUAUCAGCUUUGGGCUCUAUCCGAACAUAGAGGUUCCUUUGAUUGAUAGUAGCCAGUCCAACACAUGGCAAGCCCCCUUUUUUCCUUACCAAUCUUCUUAUUUGCAAGCGAAUAUGAAUGAGCCUCUUGGAUCUCAGCAGCAGUACAUACUUCAAACCCAAGCCCAAGCCCAAAACCAAAACCAAAACCAAAACCAAAACCAAAACCAAAACCAAAACCAAAACCAAAACCAGACCCAAAACCAGAGUCAGAGUCAGUAUCAGAGUCCAAUCCUGAGCCAAAACCAGCAACACUCUCAAAUCCGGAGUCAUCAUCAGAAUCAGACCCUAAGUUCAAUUAAGCAAAAUUCUCAACAACAUCACUACCACCAACACCACCAGCAGCAGCAGCAGAGUAAUAGUAACAGUAAUACUGGCUAUUGUCAGCAAGUGUAUCAGCAACAAAACGCACUGCCUUCUCUUUUUUACGGGACUUCUUUACCUCAAAUUGAUCCUCAGUCGUGUUUUCCCUUGCCUUCUGUUCCAUCACCGACUGAUUUUAGCUACCUUGGACACGAAACGCCCGCUCAACUGAGUGACACCCAUCAAUCGCCAGGUUCGGCUUCGUCAUUGAGCUCAGUUUAUCAGAAUGGCACAAAUGAGUCAAUGGCCUUUGGUUCAUUGCUUCGUGAGAACAAAGAGUUUGAUGAAUUAUCACAGCCUCAUUGGUCUGGUCAAACCGGAUGGCGCCUUGGUUUUCCUGUGGAUGAGCCUUUGCCAUAUUACUUUAAAUAA